CCCGAUUCCUUUUGGACAUGGAAGCGCUCGCAAGCCUGCUGCUAUCGAAGCCGCUGCCGCCGAGGGCCUGGGACAGCAAAAAGAACACCCCGCUCGGCGGGUGCGGGCGGCCGGAGCAGGCGACGAGCGGCAGGCGGCCGAUGCGGUGAGGCCCCGCUGCGGGUGGGAGCCGUGGGGGUCCCGAAACGGCGCGGCGACAGACCGCGCGGUGGCCGUGGGCUCCCGAGAGCAAGGGCGCCGAAGAUUCGCGCGUCGCGCGGCGCGAGCUGUCGCGCCAGCCCCCCGUGGAGAAGAGGAGGAAUCGGAGCCGACCGGCGAAGCGCGAACUCGGAAACAGGCCGACCCCUUGGGUCCCUGGCCUGAGAGAUGGGAGACAGAGCUUGGGCCAACAUUGCCACCUGCAGUGGUGGCCAGGAGGAAGGCGAUCAAAACACACACACGUUGGAUGCCUGCACAUGCCAGCUUGCUCUGAGUCGCGCGCACCCGAAAUCAGAUCGACGGCAGCUUCCCGAAGAGGGCUGGGCGCCCCCGAGAAAAAUACAGAAUGAUGUGAACAAUCCCGCCACACAUUGUCCUGGCUACCACGAGUGCAGCAUCCCCUGCACGAGCUCGAACACGGGCAGCUUCGCCGCAUUCUUUGGAAGGGCCAUGACGCAGGUCAGCAGCAGCCCCCGGUAGAGGCUCGCCGCCCCCGCCGAGCGCACGGACUGGCGCAGGCAAUCCCAGGACCCGGCGUACCUCGGCGCUUCCAGCGAGUCGGCGUGCAGCCGGCUCUUAAUGGUGUC